AUGAUCGUGGGGUCUUCAGGCAGGAGUUGGCUUGAUGGCGAGGAUGUGGGGCAUCAGACAAUGCUGUUGAAGGUGUUGAGCGAAGAAAACAAGGAAUUACGCGAGAACAACCGCGAUUCGCCUGGCCAAAACGCCUUUGCUUGUCGAACUCUCUCCUACGCCAAUGAGGCUGCGGUACCAUAUUCCAAUCAGCAGCGGAGCAGGGUUCAUAUCCGGCUGCAUGUGGGUCUCCCAUGGGCAGUCAGGGCGGGCGGUGCUCCUGAGCUCAAAUAUGUGAUGUUGGAUAGAAGAAUUAGACAGGAGCGAUGGAAACGUCAUUCACGAGCUAUGUGUUUCCUCAGUGCCGUCAGGUCCCGGCCCCUUUGGCUAAGGUUUCAAAUCAGGGUUCGCGUUAAUGUACAUUUCGAACAACAUCAGCUGAAGAGCCGGAGUAGCAAGAGUCAUCCAGGACAUCAGACCCCAUGGCGCAUACAGUAUGGGCCGCUGCGAUUGCUACCGUCUUUUUCCUCCGUCAUCUCCGUCGCCACGAGACCUAGCACGUCAUCCUAUGAUACACUGCCUUCUUGCAACAAGAAGGCAACACGGUCUAACGCGACCGGUCCCAAGGCAAAUGAUAACCUCGGCACUGCCGGAGUCGGCCCACCUGAGGUGCUGAAUGUCAGGUCCAAUAACGCAUCUAUGGGACCCUCCAUCCUUAACGCGCGUUUGCCUGCCCCAGCCAGGCAAAUCGAUGCGCCUCCACAAACCGCUGAUAAUGGCGGGUCACAAACGCUUCCGCGGCCCUCACCUGCCAUGGAUGACCGGCUUGAUCGUGUCGAGCAGGCCUUAGCGGGCCUAAUCGACGCGUCCCAUCGUGAGAUGCAAGACAAGAUAGACAUUGUCCAUUUUACUGGCCUCAAAGGUGGCCUGGACGCAUAUGAGGCGUCCAUCAACGAGCUGAGGACGGACAUCAAGCGCCCUCGCUCUGAAUCGGCUGACAGCCGAUUGCUCACUAAUGUGCCCUAUCCCGGCACACUUCCUCCUGUUCCUCUCUGGCAUUCAGAGAGGUCAAAGACGGUCCGUACGACCGUUCUCCGGUUUACACUGGAGACACAGCUCCUUCAGGCUCUGCUGAGGGACAACUCGCAGAAGCGCUCCGCGUUUCGACUUUCUCUGGGGCUGUCAAAUGUACGGCCCCUACCCCUCCCUCUCGUUCCAAGAGGCCAGAAGCAGUUCCUACGACCGCUUCCCUGUGGGGUGAUGCGCUUACCAGCCCAGGCUGGAUGCCAGCUCACUGAGCACCCGCGCACUUUGACCGUUUCCAGGUUAAACUGUCCAGUGGUCCUUACCACCGUUCCUGGACAACAAGCGUCAUAUGGACGCCUAGGGAUGACGCAGGAGACACGCCUCACGUCGGUUCCAAGCCAAAUUGGUGGCAGCCUGCCCCUCCAGACUGCCAGCUCACGAAAGCGCUCCGCGCUUCCGUGAUUCGCUCCGAGCUUUUACGUGCUCCCAUCAUCUGAAUCCCCGGGUCUGGGACCGCUCAUAUGCUCUUCCCCUCCCGAUGAACCCCCAAUCCCGGAGUUCCGAAGGAAGAGCAAGUCUCCCAAGGAAGUUCUCAGCAGAGGCUGGAGAGCUGUGAUACCGGCGUAAAACCGGUGGAGAGACCGUGGCAUAAACCGUCUACAGCCUCUCACAAUGAGAGGGGGCUGGCAGUAAAGUUGUGCGGACUGUUUUCCAGUCUGCGCAGUCUCCCCAUUCCGGGGGGAAAAGGAUCAAUACUUGAUCCCCCCUUGGAGUCGCUGUUUCCCUUCAAAUUCGAAGGGAGUCGAUCAGCUUUCUCGGCCGAUCGCAUACGGUGAAGCCCAGUAUUUCUCCCUGCCAGGAGGACAUUGCUUGCCAUAGCGGCAUGCGUACCUCUUUCCGUGCAUCUGCACUGAACCAUCGAAUGUAC